GUCUAGGCUUGUUCGGCACAAUGGGUGGGCGGCGGCGGCGGCGACGGUCCUCGCCUCCCUAUUACACACGAUGCUGCCGAUGGUGGCACACGCACAGGACAGCACAUGGACUUGCGCAACAUGCUGUGAAAACAAUCCAUUAACGCCGGCCUUGGCAUGCUGCAGCCAGUCGAGCGACAACAGCGUUCCGUACGGUGGGUGCAUCGGCCUACCUUGCUGCAAACCAGGACGGUUGGACUCGGACAAGUUCUCGUCCCUGUACCUGUGGAAGCCAUGCUUGCCGUACGUGGGGUGCCAAGGAAAGGACAUGUGCAACGAGAAUCAAAGCAUCGCCAAAUCCGCGUCGCGACUAUCAUAUCCCUCCGACCCGAGAGGAGCGUCAUCGUGGACAUGUACAGAUCCGUGCUGCAGCACCGUGACAAGGGACAACACGUGGCGGCAAUUGCCGUCACCUUCAUCGUUCUCUCCGUUGUAUUCCUCGUUCAUUCCCAACCAACUCAACGCCCAUGUGGUCGUCACGUUCGACAUGCAAGACCUCCGCCGCGUCUUCUUCGUCAACGACGAACCCAGCGCCACGUCGAUCCAGCAAGUGCUCCUCCCGUUGCCGACGGACUGGACAUGGAACGGGAACUCGUCGACCUGCGGGAUCCAGUCCCACGACGCAUCUGGAAGGGUCACCUUGGGCCCCAUGCUGUCCACACAUUGCAAUAUCACGUUGAUGGCCAGCCAGCCGUACGUUCUCGUCGACGCCAACACCCCGUCGGCGCUGAACGCGUCCGUCUUCUCCGUCCACUUGGUCAACCUCACUAGCCCUCGUGGCAUGCUAGUGCCCCAUGAACCUCCGAAACCUCUGCAUUUCAUCGCCAAGUUGCCCAACGUCGAGUUCCGAGUGUUCUCGUCGGUGCUGCUCGUCGAGUCGAUUCAACCGGGCGUGUUGUCGGAAGGCAUCUUUGCGCCUGAAAACGUCCUGCCGCAGGCCGUCGGCAACGCAACCCUUCGCUUCACAACGUCCGUGGCCUUGCCACGCGGCACGAUCCUCCGUGUCAACUUUAGCCAAAGCGGGUUCAACUUUAUCGACUCGCAGUGGUGGAUUGGGCACCAGACAGACAACAGCCCAUCGGCCUCCUUCACCCCGUCGGUCGUGCCUGCAUCGUCAUACGACGACAAGACCAAGGUGUGGCUGUUGCCGCUGCCGCUGCUCGUGGCCGCGCGCUCGUCCGUGCAGCUCCAAGUCGCCCGCGCCCGCAACCCCGAGGCCGCGUUCAAGGACUCGUUCGCCGCGAUCCCGAUGGACGCCAUCGCCCCCCCGUCCACGUUUGUCGUGGCCCAGGGCACCGUCACCGCCACAUUGGUUCGCGACGUGACUGCGUCGCCGCCGUCAAGUCCGUACAAUUGGAUCUCGCUCGUGCUGUUGAUGCUCAGCCUCACGUUUUGCCUCGUGAUGCUGUACAAGCACGGGCUGUUCUGGCACCCGUGGCACCCCAUCGCUUUGUUCAGCGACUUGACGGCCGUCGCGUCCGUGGCCGGCCUCGUCCUCGGCGUCGUCAACAAUGCGCUGUGGAUCUCGGGUGCUAACAACUUCACCUUUUUCUACGUGAAAACCGGCGUGUCCAGCGUCGCGUUUACCAUGCUCUUGUCUGUGUGCGUCCACUGGGGCACGGUGCUCAGCCACCGCGUGCGCAAGCUGCCGAUCGCGGCGCUCGUAGGCGCGUUUGUGCUCCUCAAUGGCCUCUUUUACACGUUUCAACUGGUCGUGGGGCUGCACCAUCACGACGUUGUCGCCCAAGUGUACGGCGCCGAGCAGUCUGUCAACAUGCUCGCCCCAACCUACCCCUGCAAGAACGGCCCGACGUUUCAGUUUGUGUUUUCCGAUAUCCAGCCGUACUACACCCAGUGCUACCUCGGCCACUUGGGCUUGCCGGACGUGCACUUUUUCACGUGGUUCUCCAACGCCACGUACUCAAUGUUUGCGCUGCUCACUUUGGGCAUUCUUGGCCUCGGCUACAUGGUCAUGCAGAAAGGAUCCAAGAUUUUGCACCUGAUUUCAUAUUCGCGGCAGCAGAUCUACCUGAUGAAAGCGCUGCGCCUGUACACGGCGCUCGUGGCGCUUGUCACGGCCACGUACCUUGUCGCAUUUUCGAUGCAGUUUGUCCAAGUGGAAUUGCCCUACUAUUGGUGGUACCUCACCACGGUGUGGCUCCCGCAGUGUAUCCCCCCAUGCUCGUUUAUAUUUCUUCAAUGGAACUCGGCCACCAAGUCGUUACGAAAGGAAAACAACUCGGAGCGAAGUGACACGGCGGAGGAUGCGAUGGUGGCCACGCCGCGCAUCACAACGUACGACCCGUCGACAACAUUAACCCUCUCGAGCAAGUCGAAUGCCCACGACCGCCACAGCCUCCUCCAUCCCGACCCUUUUGCCGUGUCUUCUCUGACGACCAACGACACGUCGUCCACCACUGAUGAGGACGAUUCCGCGGUCGUCGUCGGGCUGAGUCUACGUCUGGUGCUGCCGGAGCCCCUUCCCCAUGGCUGCUACGUGGCCAUCGAGUCGCAGAGUCCAUUGGACUCGAAGUGGAUUCGCGUGGGCACUACCGAGACUUUGACCGCGUCCCCCCCCACUACUUCUACUAGUAGUAGCAGUAGUAGUAGGUAUGUCGUGAUGUUUUUGUCCGUGGUGCCCGUGCCCGCGUCGUCCGGCACGGUUCGGUUCCUCGUGUUUGCCGCGCGGGACCCGUCGCAACGAUCGAGUGACUCGGACGACGUGUCAUUGAAUAAUGACGACAUGUCGGUGCAGUACCAAGGCAUCGUGGACGGGCUAGAGUAUCUGGACGACGACGCGAGCGAUUCCGACUACGAACAAGGCGGCGGCGAUGACAACGACCCCCUGCUGCGACUGCUCCAGCCCCCGGAUCGAUGUGUGGCGUCGUUUUCUGUUGAAGGAUGUUUCGACUAUUACGGACACUCGACGACGUUAAGAGCUACCCACAGUCGGUUCCAGUCUUCUGCUGCAUGCCACCUUGUUGUGACGGUGGUGCCGUGUCGUCGUCGUCCGUCGUCAAACGACCAGGACAUGACGACGAUGGUCGCGACGUACCAUUUGCAAGACGUGUUGGUCGUGGAAACGUUGACUGAAAGCGAGUACUCGAAUUCUAUUCCAGGGCAGUACCUGGACAUUGUGCUCGCGCGCCGCACCAAGGCGUACUUCCAAGCCAGUCGCGAGUUGGACCAGUUUCUGGCCAUGGAACACGCUCGACUCCACCAAGGGGUCACCGCCGCCGCGGGCAUGGGCUCGCUGUACGAGAACCUGCUGGAACAGAUCCAAGGCGAAGCGGACCGAAGACAAUGUCGAGACUGGCUACAAGCACGUGUGACAGUGCGCAAGGCAUACGUGAGUCACCUGCGACGAUGUCGCCAUGCGACGUGGGCACGAGAACAUGCCACGUCAUGUCCGAAUCGGUUCAAAGGCAGUUUGCUCAAGAAACAUGUCGAGUUGGCGUGCAUUCCGUUGAAUUUGCACUUGCAGACAAUGCACGUUGCCCCAAAACCUUCGAACCUCCCCCCUUCCAACCUUUAUCCCCAUCGCAUUUCCCAGCUACAUGACGUUUGUUUGUACGACACGACGACCGUGGGGGCGUUUGCCGCCCACGUGUACGAGUUCAAGCAAGGGGGGGUGUUUUCGCUGCGCCAGGAAGCCAGCAAGUGCAGUAUAUCGGGGGGGAGCCAGUCGUCGUCGUCGUCGUUGUUUCCCACCACGUGGCAGUACUUGUCGCAGGUCGAGCGCCGCCGCUGCGACUUGGAGUGGACCGUGCACACCCGCCUCGACGUGUGCGUGCCCCAGGCACUGGCGGCCCUUGCGACAGCGUUGACGGCGACCCUACGUCGGCUGGUGCACCAACCGCUGCAGUUUGAGCGCCUGAUCCAGCUGGGCUUUGUGUUUCACGUGGAGUCGCUGCUCAGCACGUACGGCGCCGAGCUGGGCAUGCUGGAAGACAUGAUGGAGGCCAUGCAAACUGUGGGCACAUUCCGCAUCCUACUCGUGCCCCAUGCCGACAAUGCCAGCGACACACAAGGACAGGUCGUGGAGAGUGUCGACUUGUACACGAACGUGGACGAUGCCGUCGCCGGCCACCGCCGCCACGACCACGCCAAGUCGGACGACACGGACUUUGUGCUGCGGGUGGUCGUGCGCAGCCGCGGCAAAGUGCUCAUCCCCAAGCGCUGUUUGGUUUCAAUCCAUCCGUUGUUGUUCAACGUUGGCAUCAACGACAAGCAAUCGCUAGCCAACAUGUCGAUGGCCGCGUACCCGAAGAAGCUGCAAGACCACAUCAAUGACUCGGCCCUCCAGCGCCUCAAGUCAGUCGUCGCCGCCUUCUGCGACCUCGUACCCGCCGACACGAGUGCCCGCGUGCUGCUGCAGGAGCUGACCGACGCCGUCCACGUGAGCAAUUCCGGACGCCGCAAACACCCCCAAGUGCUGCAGGCCAGCUCCCGCCUCGUCCGGCACUUGGACGGCGGCCGCGUCACCGUGUGCACGAGCGGCAAGGACCGGACGGCCAUGGCGGUGACGUUGGAGCAAGGCAUGCUAUUGAGCUGGCACCACGACUUGGCGCUGGAGAACGUCCCUGACAUGGUGGCAACCAUGCGAUCCAGAGGGGUGCGCAUUGAAAAUUGCCGCAAAAACACUGGCCGACGCAAGUUUGCCUCAUUCAACCCACUGCAGCGAAGCAUGGUGCCAGAGCCGUACCGAUGCCCCCCCGAGACGGGGGGACGCCACCUGUCGUGACCAAUGAUAUCGUUCGAUUCCUACCAAUCAGCGAUUGCGUUGAGGACGCCGCAGUAUUAUUCUUAUUUAACACCCCAAUAUCUAAAUAUUAUUUAUUCGUGCAAAAAAG